UAUAAUAAUAGUCGAAAACGUGUUCAUAACGUGCCCGAAUUUUGUUGAAGACUGUCUACGGUGUCAUGUUGAGAUCGUUCCGACAUUUGCGCUUGCCGCACGCAGAGUUAUAUUGUACGUAAUUAAAGAAAGUCGAGUAUGAAUCAGUGAACAAAACUUACAAGAAGAUGUCAUUGUGUUUGCGCAAAGUUUCGAAUAAAUUUAUACCUUUUGUUAAUUUACGAAAACAAAUAACGAAGAUCGACCGUCAUUUACUAAAACAUGUUAAGUCGUCUGCGUUUUUGGAAGAGUUUUUAAACUCAUCAGUGGCAACAUGUGUGGUAAUGAAUUAUGGAGAUAAAUAUCUAAAUUCGAAGACUUCUUUGAUGGGCCAAUAUUCAUUAAUUAAUUACUUUGAUAUUUGUACUAACUGGCCGGAUGAACUAAAUGAAAAAUGUAAUUGGAAUCAACAACGAUCGAUAUGGAUGCAACGUCAAAGACAAACAGACACUCAGUCAAUGAACAUAAAUAAUAUUACUUCUGAAAAUAAGAUUGUAUUAAGCAAUGAUGAUCAACAAUUAAAACUACAUGUAGAUCAUAAUGGGCUUUAUGCAAAUAAUAAGUCAUGUUUACCUCAUAGUGAGGUGCUAUCAAUUAAUAGGUACCUAAUUAAUUCACCUAAUUCUAUAAAGAAAAGUAUUCUUCAUACAGAUGGAUCUCCUAAUGUGCAAAAUAUGAGUAAAGAGCAGCCAUCAGAGAAUCGGAUACCAUCUGAAGCACAGUUGCAACAUAUAUUUGACUGCCUUAGUAGAGAUUUACCACAGCUAUUUGUUAAGAUAAUGGACUAUACAAUAUAUACAACUGAUGUGGUAUUUAUAAACAAUAUUAGAGGAACAGAAGGCGUAGGAAUUAAUCAUUAUGUGAUGCAAAUAGCAUUGUUAAGAAUAAUAGCUCGUAUAAAAUUCGUUUAUGUUAAGUUAAAUAUUUUAAAAAUAACUAUGCACCCGGAAGACAGUAGUAUUAAAGUCCGUUGGCGUAUAAUUGGUAUUCCUGAUUCAUACAUAUUUCUAUUUUGGAAAUAUCGAUCCACGAAAGAUAAUGAUGAUGAUAAACACGUGUGGUACGACGGUUUUUCUACAUUUUACGUCAAUAAUGACGGUAAAGUAUUUAAACACGUUGUUGAUAAGAUGAUGCCUGAUCAGAGUAAAUAUGAAAAAACUCCUAUAGCAGCAAAAUUAGCCUUAUUUGUACCAUUAUUAGAUUUGGAUACUUAUGCAAGUAAUCUUUGUUCAGAAAUAAAAUAAAUAUAAAGAAAAUGCAAAUCGUACCAUGUGUCACAGCACAUAAUUUAAUUUUAACAUAUUUUUUUAAUUCUGUUUGUAAAACUCCCCACGUAGAAGAACACAUAAACGUUUCGUGUAAUGACAAUAAACGAAUAAAUUAUGUACUAAAGUGAAAGUAUACUGCAUUGUGUUUAUGUUACUAGAGCUAUGUGAAAACUUAAAUUUUAUGUUUGUAAUUCUAGUCGCUUGUAAUACAUUAGCAAGAUCUGAGAAAAGUAAAAAUAUGAAUAUAGGUAGAGUAUCAUGUAUUGAAGCAUCAAUGUUUUAUAAAUUGUAAUUU